UUUCCAGGAGACACCAGAGUGAACCAAAUGAUCGCGUUAGUUGCAGUUCAUCUUCUUUUCCAUAGGGAACACAAUCGCGUCGCUGAAGAACUUGCAUACUUAAAUUCGGAUUGGGAUGAUGAAAAGUUAUUCCUAGAAGCACGACGUAUAGUAAUUGCCGAAUUUCAGGUUAUAACCUACAAGGAGUUUUUACCAGCUGUUAUUGGACAUGAAAGUAUGGAGGAAUUUGGCUUAUAUUUGCAAGAAGGAUUAUCUUAUUCUUAUGAUUACGAUCACAAGGUAGACGUUUCGAUAUCGAAUGAAUUUGCUUCUGCAGCUUUCAGAUAUGGGCAUUCAAUAGUUGAAGGAUACUUAAAGUCUACUAAGAGCACUGGAGGAAACAGCAUCAUGAUAGAUGAUGACUGCUGGGUUGACUAUACAAAUAGCAGCACCGACUAG